CAAAGGAAUGUCACAUGACAAGCUGCUUUGGAAGCUAGCUCAAUAGAAGCUACAAGGUAAAGCUAUUAGCUGAUGCUUGGAACAGCAGCCGUGACAACCUGUCAAGAUUAACUCGUGCAAUGGUUAGCCUCGGGAACGGCCUUCCGGGCAACAGAAGUGGGGCCUACUUCUUUGAUGAUGACUCUGAUGAUCAAAGUGGAUCAGAGAUCAGUCCUCUAGUGCACAAACCCUCCACCAAAAACUCCCCUGUAGCGCACGUUCACAUUGCCACUGGCUACCUCACUGCAGUCGAGGCUAUCUCACUGUUCGUGUACAUCCUAGGACUGGUGUUGACCACACUAUUCCUCCAUAAUAGUGACUUCCUGCGCUCCAACAACACCUCACUGUGGCUUGAUCGUGAUGAGCCAACGGACGCCCCCCUUCAACCGGCAAAGAUGCCUGACUAUAUAGUGGCCUGUUUCGCUAUUGCUCAUGUUCUAGUCUGGGGCAUUGUGGGCGUAUUCGAUAGGAUUGUCCAAUGGCGUCACCAAAUACUGCGUAGGAAAGGCUACCUCAAGUUUUACAGCAAGAUGAAGAAUAUCCGCCGUAUUCCAUUCAUCGUGGUCUCCAUCGGACAAGCCCUGGUCCUCGUAUUUGUUAGCCUUCUCUACGUGUUUCAAGUGAAAGAGUACAGUCUACUGAAUGGACUGAGAGCAGUGGACGGCCUCUAUAUACUAGUAGGAGUGGAGAUGCUGAUCGUAGAGCCAUGUCUUAUCUAUUAUAUAGCUCGAGCGACUUGGUUCAAUUACACUCGUCAACCACCCGAUGUGAUCAAGGACACCCAGGUCGGGCCCAGAGGUUCCACAACUUCCGUAUCAGCAGUGGGCUUCAGAGAUGGUGAGGAUUUGGACGAGCUACUGGAGAGACAGGCGGACAUGAUACGAUAUCUCCAACAACACAACGCUAACCUCGGCAGACGAAUACUAGAACUGCAGUCACAGAACCUCGAAUAAUUAAUAAAAAUGUGUGUACCUUUUCUACUAUAAUUAUCUAAUUAUUGUUCUGCUUUGUGGAUAAUUAUAUUGUAGACGUCAUCUUCUUGAAUUGCGUGUGUACAUGCAGGCUUCUGUUUUUUCGAUAUUAUUGCCCCACCCAC